ACACAGAGUACUAGUUUUCAUACAAAAUAUCAAAUCUGUUCACCCACAGAUUUCUUACAAAUUUUGACGUCUAAUCUUCUAUCGCCGGCGCGCCACGGUCCUUAAACAGCCACGCGAAACCUUGUUAUAACCUAAAAUAUCCAACGUCAUAACACUCGAUCUCAAUCUCAGCCCUGAAUACGAGUAUUCCAUGGCCAAUCCACCAUGAAACUAAUCACAAACUCUACAAACCUCCACAAACUAUGAUUUUACCCAAACUUACCUUCUAUAAUCUCUAGCUUCAUCCAUUCAAUACAUCAAUUAUAUACACCCAUUAUAUACAUCCAUCAGCCAUGUAUAUAAUCAACUUCCUUCCACUAAUUACUUUCCCCCCUAUCAUCUCCGCUCUUACACUCCCACAACAACACCCCCUCACACCAUCUUCAAAUACCUUAUCAACAUCCUCUCAAAUCCAAUCACUCCUUCAACCUCUAAUCGGCUUUGGAACAUGGAAUCUAAAUAUUUCACCGGAAAAUACCACAGAAGCCGUGGCUUAUGCAAUUGAAAUCGGUUAUCGUCAAAUUGAUUGCGCGGCGGCGUAUCAAAAUGAAGUAGAUGUAGGACGGGGAAUAAAAGAGGGUUUGAAGAGGGCCGGUUUGAAGAGAGAGGAUAUUUGGGUUACGAGUAAACUUUGGAAUGAUCAGUAUGUUUAUUUUCACAUGAUGUAGUAUAGUUGGGGAUUGAUUGAUUAGGGGAGAUUUAUCAAAGACUAAUUAUUCGGUAAAAUAGUCAUGGAGAUUACGAGAAUGUGGAAAAAGGAUUAAAUCGAACUCUUAAAGAUCUCGGUCUAGAUUAUUUGGAUUUAUAUCUCAUGCAUUGGCCAAUUGGAUUUGCGUCUAAUGGAACCAAAAAUCUCGAUCACGUCCAAGUAAAUUCAUCUCUGUUCACCCCCUCCCAAAACCUCACAAACUAACAUCAGCCAGACCUACAAAUCUCUAAUCUCCCUCCCCAAAACCCGCGUCCUCAAUAUCGGCGUAUCUAAUUUCUCACCACUUCAACUCAAAAAUGUAGUAUCAACCGGUAUAAUACCAUACACGCAUCAAAUGGAACUCCACCCCUACCUCCAACAAUCCGCCUGGGUAUCCACACAUAAAGCCCUAGGAAUAAAAAUGACCGCCUAUUCUCCAUUGGGAAACACCAAUCCCAUAUACAACUCCUCCUCUUCCCCUCCCUCUUCCUCCUCAUCAAAAGAACAACAAGAAAAAAUCCCACCCCUCCUCCAAAAUGAAAUCCUCCGCGAAAUAGCACAAUCACGAAAUUGUACCCCAGCCCAAGUAGCCCUAAAAUGGAAUAUCUUGAGAGGAAUUUCUGUGAUUCCUAAAAGUAGUCAUAAAGAAUUGAUUGAAGAAAAUUUACAAGCGGAGAAAUGUGAAUUGACGCAUGCGGAUUUGACGAAAUUGAGAUUUGUGGGGAGGAAAUGGUUGAGGAGAUUUAAUAAUCCGGGGGAGGAUUGGGGGUGAGACUUUGAGGGGUUGGAGGGGCUUAGGGUAUUAUUGGGGAAGGAGGGUGUGUGUACUGAGAGAGUAUUUUAAUGGGAGGUAGAGGAUAAUGUUAUGGAAUGGAAUAGGAUGGGAUGGGAUGGGAUUGGAUGGAAUGGAACGGAAUUCAUAUAAAAAAAACCUUACAACCUAUGUACCCCCCAGACUAGCUACUUAACAUAACCUAACAUAACCUAA